AAAAAGACUUGCGGCUAGGGACAUCCACUAUAACCAGAAAUCCUCCAUCGACCUUCGAAUGGAUCUCGCAAAGUGAAGAAACUCAUACCUCCUCCCUCGGAUCCAAGCCAGUGUCAUACAAUCCAACAUGCAACCAACCACGAGGUCUUCCACUCAUAAUUCAAGAAACGGAUAUCAAAACCACCACGAACGAGCAAACUAUCUUCUGACAGUUUCUCAGUCAAACCCCCUCCGUCCCCGCAUGAGCCUGCACCGGAUAGAACACCGGCUCGGGCCUCUUCAUCGUCGAGUCGUCGGCGGUCGUUUGAUGGUAGUACGGCGACUGCCCGUACUGCGCCGCCACCGCCUGCUGCGUCUGAUACUGCACGUAUUGCUGCUGUUGCUGAAACUGCUGGGCGCGGAUCGCAUCCUCCUUCUUCUCGCGCUUGCGGUCCCGUCGAUACUUGAUGAGGAAGUAAAUGACGCAUCCGACGAAGAUGCAGAAGAGGAUGGGAAUGAUGAUGACCUUGCCGAUGAUCUUGGCGACGCCCAUGAUGUGGACUUGUCCCAGGUGCUGUCCCGGGUUGGUCGGGUACAGAUGGCUUUAAAGGAUGUUUAUAUGGAUCUGAUGAUUAAAAUGGCUGACGUGCGCAGAGGCUCGGAGUUGUGCUUGUGCUCAGAGUUAGAGAUGCAUCCGCUCGGUCGGGGACACUGGUUAUAUCUCCUUUCCCUUGAGUCACCUCCAACUUCCAUCGUUAGGCAAUCAUAUUCUGGAGGCCUGGCAGGGAUGGCUCUGGAGUCCGCCAACGAGAUCGCAUGCUAGUCUUGCUGCUGGGCGCUAUACUCCAGGGUGUGAUUCGACAGGUUCGAUGUGGGUGAGGAGUGAGGGGGGCCAGACAUCGACUAUGCGGGCGAUGGCUGAUACAUCACAGACGAGGCUCGUCACCUGCAUAUGAGACGUGUUGUGAUCCCAGUGAUAAAGCUUAGCUGGGGGUGAAUUGGGAAGAUC